GAUUAGCGGAUCCGACGCCCGGGGUUCGACCCUGGAUGUACCACUUGACGUAAUGUGCGUUGUCCGUGUUCGAAUCAUGUUUUGAAUGAUGACCAAGCGAAAUGACAGCAGCGAUUUCCCGACAUACAUCAACGAUUUCCCUAGCAUCACCGGCGCCUGUACAUGUGGAUGCAGGUUUUCUAGUGCAGUGCCUGGGCCGCCACAAGGAACUCCUUGAGGCCGGAUGUGAGCGGGUAUUGUACUCAAAGUGUUGUGAGAUCAGCAAGAACGGCGCAAUUUCUGUGAAUAGUGAUGAGGUACUUCAGAAUUCUGCGUGUUCUGGUUCAGCUUCCGCACACGCUUCCCGAAGCACUUUAAAGGGACCAUCAGCUGCGAUCCCCACUCGACGACUGGACAAAAAAGCACGGGAGACUUUGGGUCAACAUUUGAUCGAACUGUUAGCAACCAUUGUUCUACCGGAGCCACCGCAGUCCAUUAGCGAAGUGGAGGCAAAGUUGGUAGAUGGUCUUCCAAGUAUACCCGAUAAGAUGUUGCCGACCGACGCAGAUGUGGAAGCGCUUCGCUUAAUCGCGACCAAAAAGCGCAAGAAUGCCGUUCUUCUUCCGGUGAAGGAGAUUCAUUCGGCAUUCAAGGAAUUCAACGAACGCUUCAGCUUCACUGUUUCCAUCUAUAUUGCGGCCGUUGCGGAGCACAUUAUUGGGAACUUUUUGAUGGCGGCCAUAUGCUUCGAGGAGGAAGCUUUGACUGGGAAUGUUAUUCGUGCAUCCACUGUUGAGACUCUUUUCACUAUGUAUCGUGAUCGGCUUCGAUCCCGUCGAAAGCCAUUUGAGCUGCGUCUGGCGAAUCGAUUUCCCCAGGACUAUGAUAAAUGUGUCGACGAACUGGAAGAUUUUUUGCACGCCACUGUGGAACAAAUGAACCUUAUAUUGCGCGUGUUUCGCGAACCGGUGCUUAUGAGCGGUACGGAUGAUCAUCAAUCUCCCGAAGAAAAUGCCGUUGUUAUAUUCGGUAGUAUAUUAGAUCUAUACAAUAAUCUUCGUAUCUUUUUGGAUACUCUAAGCGCUGAGGAAGAGGAUAUGUGCAGUCCAGUCAUAGAGUGCAUUGAUUCUUGUGCUGAUGAACUGUCGCCAAAACAGAACAGUCUUCCAGAUCAUCAGUGUGCUGAGGCCACGUCCAUGACGCAGAGUUCUGAAGCCGUCACCGGCAACCUCAUGGAACCACUCCACACUCAGAGGCCUUCCGCGACUCGAUGUAGAUUUCGGCGCCGCUUGGUUGGUAUUUGCCUUAUCGAACUGGCUGAAGACGAUUCGUUACACGAAUUCGGUCAGUACGCUACAUCAGCUUUGGAUUACUUCAGUCGUGACCGUAUAUGGGCUUUGGCUGAGAACAGUGGCGUCCUGCAGGAGUUGUGCCGUCUCAGUCGCACUAUACUUCAGAUGGCCUCUUUAAAUAAGCCGCCUGGUGCAACUUGUCCGACUUGUCCUGUCGGUGCUGCCAGCCGCUGGUUUGCUCCCCAUUCAUUUCAAUGCACCCAGUGCCGUCUUUGGGAUUCUGUUCCCUCUUCGCGCCGACGUUCCGCCUCCUCUUGUGUGUUGCGUCUUUCAAACGGGUCCUCACCCGUCCGUGACGGUUCGUUCACUACUCCCGAGUUCUUCAGCGGACAUGCUAAAACUUGGCGGAGGCCACAUCGCGUUUCAAAGUCACCGUCGGUUUUGGAAAACUCUACGGAUUCCGCCAGUUGUAACUUCGUUGUGAUCGCCUUCAGAUAUUUGCUUCCCCGACUCUUGUUGUUGCCGAUUUUUCAGUUCUUCUACUUGCAUGAGCUUAUCAAAACGUUGCAUGAUUGUGCCUACGACGAAUAUGAUCGCGCGCGUCUACAUGAAGUCCUCAGCAUGCUCAGGAAAACCCGAUCUGGUUUGGAACGUGAUUUGUCCAAAAAUCCUUGGGUCUGUCUGCAUUUGUCUCGUUUGAUAUCCACGGGUCAUUUGGCAGGUCAGUAUCGUGCGCUGUACAUGGACCUACUCGCCGGUUCCAGUUUGCCUGCUAGCCCGGGAGCUCAGCCUUCUUCUCCCUCGGACACUACUUCCACCGCAGGCGGCUCUCCUUCAUCCAUGACCAGCGUUGUGGGCAGUCAAACACAAACGUUUAAAUAUCCAUCAACGGCUGUGGAUUCCACUGAAUUUUGCGCACAGUGCAGUAAAGCGGAGGAAAUCGAACGGCUUUUGGGAGGCAAGGUAAAGUUAGCCACUCUGACAAAUGGUCGACAAAAUUUGGGCGACUUUGUCAUGGAAGGUCGUGUUCAAGUAUCAACGGAGUUUAAACGAUGGACCACAGAACAUGUGGCAUAUUUGUUUACAGGAUUUUUACUGAUUUGCAAGUGGCAAGAGCGACGCUCUGCACUAACCCCGAAUUCUGCCCCCACUGCUCUACUGCGCCUGAAGCAUCGAAUACCUCUGGAUCUGAUUCAUCUCACGGACCUAUGUCCUAUAGUUCAACCAAACCUACCUUCUUACCUUGGCAACCAUGGUACUUUAACUUCCUCCGCCGUGGGCGCCGCUGUCCUUGCUGCAUCAGGCUCUUGUCACAGCUCAGUGCACGAUAUUUUAGGCACAAGUCUUUCCAACAUGGACCUCUCAAACCCCACUAUGGUCUCCAACCUCGUCGCAUCUGGUCUUAAUGGACCUUUGGCUAGUCAAUCCAACCUUCACAGUGCCAGCGCUUCAGCGUACUCUUAUACUUUCAGAUUAGAAUACGUGGAUUGCCCCCAGCCCGUUGGAAAUCUCACUCCACCAACAUCUGCUCAGUGUCAUCAUAAUGUUCGAAAUCCUAGUCCUCAAAAGCACAUCACGAAAUGUGGUCGUUGCGGUCUUGGUUGUACAGAUCCUACCUUUCAAGAGCUUGAUGUAGUCAGCACCUCCUGCUUGGCACCUUAUAACGACCCAAGUGGUACGCACGCAGGGCCGCCAUCUCACCAUAUCAUUCUUGCACUACGCACCCCCGAGGAGAAGGCCGAUUGGAUUGCCAGUCUUUCGAGCAUUCAAUUACACCGUCAACUCCUUCGUUACAUCCGAACUUUGCCGAAAAUCGAGAUCCCACUUCGCCUACCCUGUCCCACAAUUUAUCGAUUUGCUCAACCGGACACUGCGGAUAACAUCAUUUUUGAGGCGACUCUGGAUUCUUCUGCUGAUGUUCACGAUUCGUAUACUUCUUCUGAAGAUGGCUUCGAGGAAGAUGAUUGUGUCGGUGUUGAUUCAGAGGAUUUCAUGAGUGAUAUAGCAUCCACUUGUGACUCUCUUGACGAAAAGACAUCCCCUGUAUGCCGGAUGCGCGACUCGGUUGCGACAGCCGCAUGUAAAAGCACGGUCAAACUGAGCGGCACAUACCUGGACGACGGUAGUGAUUCCGCUACGUUGACUUCAAGCGUCACACUGAAAUCGAUUCCCGCCAAUCUGAACAUGCGUGCGACCGCUGAAGAGCCUAUGGUGAACACGAACUUGCUCAAUCGAAGCUGUCCAACCGUCUCCAGAUUCCCCUUGCUCAUUCGGAUGGCAACUCUCGAAAAGCUGGUUGAACGUUUGGCCUACCCUACACACUUCGAUACACGUUUGGUAAACACGUUCCUACUUGUGUAUCGUCGUGUAACAACUCCUGAAAAUUUAUUAGAUUUGUUAAUUGAGCGCUUUCGGAUUCCGGACCCCGAGUUCUCCCCAGAUGAACUAGAAUGCGAUCCACAGAAGGGUCAGCUGGAAUCCCCGGCCCAACAUAUGCUGAAGCGCUUUCGCUCUGGUUACAAGAAGAGAGUUCAGGCGCGGGUGCUCAUGGUUCUAUCCCGCUGGGUUCGCAGUAGUCGAUAUUAUCAAAGCGAUUUCGCUCCCUCUCCUGAGUUACGCCACAAACUAACAGAAUUCCUGGCCACCGUGCAGUCGAGACAUUUGAGUUCUGUUGUGCGACGCAUCCAACAGCAUUUGCAGGCGCAUUCUGUUGAUGAUAAUUCGGAUUUGGAACAAAGUGCUUCGCACGCAACCGAUGAAGUUUCUGUCAAUUCAUGUAUCCCAUCGUCCAAAUAUCUCAGUCGAACAGGCUCUCAUUCCGCAUUCCUAGCCGAGGAAGAAGUACAAUCCUCGGCUUCACCUUUGGACCUAACCGGUGUCCAUCCCUAUAAACUAGCCGAGCAGGUGACCCUGUACGAAUGGGAGCUUUAUCGAGCUAUUCAAUUUUGGGAAGUUGACGGACGUGAUCGUACUGGUAGAUCCACUCCAAAUUUGGACAAAUCGAAACAAUUCUCCAACAGGUUUCGGAAUUGGUUGGUCUACGCUAUCUUGAUGGAGCAACAUCCUGAAGAUCGUAUGAUUGCUAUCCAGCGCGUAAUAGACUUGAUGCUAAUCAUGGAAAAAAUGAACAAUCUUCAAGGUAGUCAAGAAGCCAAAUCCGCUUUGAUCAGCGCAUCCGUAUUUCGAUUACGGAAGUCCUUUCAAUCGAUUCGUCGCAUGCGUCACUAUCGGGAUGUCGUGGACCGCUUGUUACGUGAAAAUUCCACUGGAUCCAAACUACGCACUAAGAUUUCCUCUGUCAGACCUCAUUCCCCAAACGCAAACGACAAUGACCAUCCGAGCGGCUCUAUUUCACCCUUUGUAUUUGGAUUGCCUUUUUCCACGAAAGUCAGCAAGGCGCAUGAGCGACGGAUCAGAGUGUUGGAGAAGCAGCACGCUUCAGGUGAUGCUUGUCAUCCUUGUGUGCCAUUCAUCGCUGUUGGUGUGAUGACCAGACUUAUCCACUUGGAUUUACGACAUCCGGACACGGUUACUACAGAAUCAGGCACCGUUUUAGUUAACUACUGGAAACUACGUCAAUUGGCUGAAGUGGUUGAGCGUUACAUGGCAUUCCAGCGUAUCCCCUACAUGUUUAAGGUGGACAAUGAACUGCGGGUACAAUUGGAGAACCUAAACCCACUCGAAUUAACCGGCUGUUCUUCAGAGGCACAAUUUGAAACCCGCAUGUACGAGUUGUCGGAGACUUAUGAACCUCGGGAGACUGAUGCCACCCCGGACUCAGCAGGUCCCACUUUAUCCGUGGAUCGGAGACUGUCAAAGGAGGCCAUCCAGGCUGCCAAUCUUUUGAGUUCUGUUUCUUUAAAAGAACGUAUGUCAUUUCAGUCGAAGUUCAGCUUCACUGACAUACUCUCCACCCGGGUAAAUCCCUCCGUGCCCUCCCGAUCAUCUCUCCUAUCGCACUCCACGAAUUUCGGUGGAUAUAAAGGUGGUCUGAAAAAUAUGCACAACACUAUUUCCUCUUCGCACACAAAGUCAAUUGCGACCUCUCGUGAUACUGAUGUGGUGGGUUCUACUGGCUCCGCACAUCACUUUCCGUGCAAAUUCCUCUCCACUCCCAUAGGGACUACUGAUAAUCCAACUGUUACCGAGGCACUUUCGACCUGGGAUACCGCGCACCAACACAGCAUGUCAGACAGUCAAGUGCUCUCGGCUUCAAAGCAGACAGUUUCACAGAUCGGUUCGCCAUCAAUCUCGGCACAGCGCUAUCAUCAUGAAGCGGCACACUCUAUCCACGAUAUGUUUGGACUACGCGACCUUGGCCUGUUUCCACCCAUUUCUUCCCUCACUUCUAGUCAGGUCUCUCUUGCCGGUCUUCCACCUCCAUUACCACCCCGCAAACCGCAACACGUUGGGUCCUCGGGUAAUGGGUCCACUAUCUCUCCUUCAUCUCAGUCCGGUGUAUCGGCCAUGCCCUCAACAAAGCGUGCACUAUUUUCCGCUAAAAAUUAUCCAAGCCAUGAUAGCUCGUCCGCGGUUCCCCCACCCCUACCCCCAAAGAUGCCUUCACGUUCGCUCAGCUCUCAAUUGAGUCGAUUGCACGCCUCCACGCCUUCUCCGCAUCCUUUUACAAACGAUCAGGCGUUCACAUUUACUGCCGAGAACCAUACUUAUAUUGAGUCCUUAACAGCUGAGCUGCCUCCUCCCCUACCUCCACGUCGCGCCGUCACUCCAACUGUCUCUGCGUUGGGGUGUGGCGUUCGGCCCUUGAUACCCCCAAGUUAGCAACAAUUUUCCCGUAGUUCGAAAUCUCCCACAUUUCCCCGUAUUGUGAGUUUCUAGACACGAGCCUCAGACUUUCUUAUACCUUAUUUCCCCCAAUCGCUUUCCAUUACAGACAUCUUUCCGACCGUCAUUCGAUGUAUCAUAGCAUUAACUGUAUCUAUGCUAUCACAAAUUUCGUUUUUCGCUCACUUACCAGCCUUUGCAAUCUUCGUUUGUGUGCUGGGCCUAUGGUUUUGUAUCGUCUCCGCAGUCAUGCGAGCAAUUGCCUUUUUUCUAACUUCUGCUUGCUCAAGCCGAUAUUCUGCGUAGUCAUGUAAUUAUUAAUGUUUCCCCUCCACAACCACUGCUGCUGCUGCUGAAGUCAACAACAGCGAAAGAUAAGCAAUUUCGUUUUAUAGCCCUCUCGUUUUUUCUUCCCGAUCACUGUUACGCUGCUGGUCCGUUUUCACAAUUUUGCAACCGGUGGUUUACCCUUACUGUGUUUAUUGUUUGUGAGUUAUCGCUGUUCUCUGCCCAUUCCGUUUCCAUCUCUCCGUCCGUACCCUAGACCAACAGUUUCUUCUCCUCACCAUGUGUCGCCUUACCGAUUUCUUGGAUCGUUUUUCGACCCAGGUACUAGCGCCAACCCCGUUUCUUCCGAUCACAGCUGCCUGGACUCGAACAAACAUCUGUCAAAUGACUAACCUCCUUUGCGGAAUACACUUCUUCGUAUUCCC